CCCUCCGAACCCUCCAAAGCCUCAUCCCCUUCCCCUUCGAAACCCCCCACCGCCGCGCCCUCAAACCCCCCCUCCACGCGCAACUACUGGCUCAUGAAAGCCGAGCCCAACACGCGCCUCGAAAACGGCCACGACGUCAAAUUCUCCAUCGACGACCUCGCCGCCCGCACCUCCCCGGAGCCGUGGGACGGCAUCCGCAACCACGUCGCGAAGAACAACCUGCUCGCGAUGCGGCGCGGCGACCUCGCCUUCUUCUACCACAGCAACUGCAAGGUGCCGGGGAUCGUGGGGAUAAUGGAGGUUGUGCGGGAGGCGACGCCGGACGAGAGCGCGUGGGAUAGCGGGAGCGCGUACUAUGAUCCCAAAAGCGGGCCGGAGAAGCGGACGUGGUAUCUGGUGCAUGUGGAGUUUAGGCGGAAGUUUAGGGAGAUGGUGGGGUUGAGGGAGCUGCAGGAGUACAAGGGAAGGGGGGAGGCGUUGGAGGGGAUGCAGUUGCUGAAGCAGUCGAGGUUGAGUGUUAGUAAGGUGGAAGAGGGGGAGUGGGAGUUUAUUAUGGGGUUGGCGGAGGGGAAG